CACAGGCUGCUGCGGCGCGGGGCAGAGCAGACCGCGUUCCGUGUUCAACUGUCUGCAAAUUUCAAGAAGAUAUCUUUAAGGAAGAAGUUCUUUAUCUGGCUCGGCAUCUCUCGCCUCUCACUAUGUUCGACAGAAGCAGUUUUUGGCUCCUCUGCAUUUAUACGGCAGUUGUCGUAGCUACUGACUAUAGCGACCGAGACGCCAUUACAGAACCAGAUCUUGAAAUCACAUUCUACGGUUUAAAAAAUGACACUACAGACCUGCUCCUGGCUGACGCGAGCACCGAGGCCGCCGCCCCCGCCGCCGCCCCCGCGCGUUCGCAGAGGGCUGCCGAGUGGCGCGGAGAGCCAGAGCCGCCGGAGUGCGGGUGGCGGGGGGUGGCGCCGCUCAACGUGCAGACGGCGGCGGCCACGGCCGUCAUCGCGCUCAACUACUCGUGCCGCAGCCUCGGCGAGGCCGCCGUCGCCUUCCUGAGGGAAAACCUGCUCCCCGUCAUGGCCACGCGGGGCUGGUCCGUCGCUGUACUCCACUACCCACACCUCGUCGUACAGUUGUCUCGCCUGCUUGCAGAGCUGCCAGCAGCAACCAGCUCGCCGCCCACUGGGGACGGCGGCACCAGCGCCGCCCCCCGGACACACAGCGACCGCGGACGGACUCCCGCCACAGCCGCGCCGCCCACGGCUUCCCAGGCCAGUACACAACUUUCUGACGAGGCCGUCUCUUUCCUGUGGAGGCUCCCUGAACGAGAGAAGGACAGGAGACUGAUCCAGUUAGCUAAGAAGGGGGCAGUGCAGGAGAUGCGGGUGCUGCUCGAAGCUGGUGCAGAUGUGCGGGCAUUUGACGAGAACAGGAACACCGCCUUGCAUUGGGCGGCAGCGAGUGGAAGUGUGGAGGCAGUGAGGCGUCUGCUGCAGGCCAGGGCGUCUGUGAACGCCAGGAACAACAGGCGCGAGACGCCUCUGUACUACGCCGUAUGGAACGGCAGUGCGGCUGUGGUGCGGCUACUGGCUUGGUCCUCUGCCGACCCCAACGCCAGGGCUGACGAUGCGAGUACGCCGCUGCACUGGGCGGCGUACUGGGGCCAUGCGGAGGCGGCGGCAGCGCUUCUGGAGGCGGGCGCCGACAGAGGGGCCAGAGACGCCGACGGGGACACACCGCUGGACAAGGCCAGGCAGAGCAAGAAGCAGAAGUUGGUAGACAUGCUGACGUGACGCAAGCGGUCCGACAAACAUCGCGGCAGUAAGGCAAAAGGAGCUCAAUUGCCUCACUUUUCGUUACUUUUUAAAUUAAAAAUACAAAAAAAAAAAAAA